CGGGGACUCUCAAUGCUACAGCACAUGACCCCGCUGGAUCUGAGGGCCUUAGUCUAGUCUGAUCCCAUGUCCAGAGGGAUUAGCCGGUUUACCGGUGUAUCCGAUUCUUACAUCUUAUAACUGGUGAAUUAUUGGUUGGUGCGAGUAAGGUGCUUAUUGGGCGUUAGUGAGUGUGAUUAUUGGGCCAUCGAUUCUUCCCGAUGCUAAUUCCUCCUGACAAACGUUGUCGCACGUGGUUUUUUGCAUGGGACAUACUUCCUUUCCCUCCAACGAAAAGAUAUGCAUGCAGUCUGCCGAAUGAGAAGCCUGUCAGCAAAUAUGUUACUAUGUUUCAUCACCGCUCAAACUCGGUUAAUUUGGAAUGUCUGCAAAGCUAGAAAACACGGACAGGUAGAAAUCCUCCUUGGCAGGCAGACUGAUCAACAUGGGGAAGAAGCCUUAGAACGACCGCACGAUCUUCGGAAGCUCUGUUUUAUUUGGUCUAUUUAUUUUUACUAUUUUUAAUUUUCCCAAAAUUUAUAUAAUAAAAAAGAUUAAGGGCUGUGAUAAGGAGGGCGUGACACAAACGUGACAAUCAACAAAGAGAAAAUCCCCAAAUCUGCCCUACUUGC